UUUGAUGAAGUGGCAGCUGCAUUUAACCGCGCUCCGCAGCGGCAGACUGAAUAUCUAGAAGUGAGCACCGCCCACGACCUCCGACCUAGGUAGAGAGCCUGUAGACCUACAACAGAACUACCAUUGUCCAUCGACAUAGCUGCUUCACUUUCAGUAAACUUGGAAAGAUCAUUCACACAACCACAACGCUCACACAAUGUUCCAACCUACAACGAGCCUGCUGGGAAGCUUGUCCCUGGCUCUCUCUGCAUCAGCCCAGGGGUUCGCGGCGGCAGCAUUUCUCAAUGCCCGCCAGGCGGCCCCAACAGAGAUAGUGAGGCAGGCCUCGCUCGAGAACAUCGCCGUCCGGCCCAACGGCCAGCUCCUCGUGACCAACAUGAACAGCCCCAACCUGUACGCGGUAGACCCGGCCGCCAAGAAGGUCUCGACGGCCGUGGCCGUCAGCGGGGCGUCAGGCAUGAGCGGGAUCGGCGAGAUCUCCCCGGACGUGUUCGUCGUCAUCGGCGGGUCCCCGCAGGGCACGGCGGUGCACAAGAUCGACUUCACGGGCGGCGCGGCACCGCAGGCGACGCUGAUCAAGAAGAUACCGGACGCCAAGAACAUGAACGGCCUCGCCGUGUUCGACAACGACACUGUGCUGCUCGCGGACGCGGGCAGGGGCAACGUGGUGAGGCUGACGGUGUCGACGGGGGAGUCCGCCGUCGCCAUCAGCGACCCGACCAUGGCCCCCAGCGGGCCCGUCGGGUUCGGGAUCGACGGGAUCAAGUACGAGGCUGCCACCGGCACCGUGUGGUACACCAACAUAUUCAAGAACAGCUUCCACAAGGUGCCGGUCGACGCGGCGGCCAGGCCGGCCGGCGCCGUCUCGACGCUCUGGACGAACCUGAUGGGCGACGACCUGUGCUUUGGGAACAACGGCAGGCUCUAUAUCACGACGAACAGCGGGGCGAACCAGGUGGUUGAGUUCGACCCCGCCGGGUCUGCAAGUGCGAAACCUGUCGUCGUUGCCAAGCUGAGCGCGCCGACGGCUUGCGCGGCUGGGCGUGGGGAGAGUGACAAGAAUGUGGUUUAUGUGACAAAUGGCCAAGGUGUAUAUGCCUUUACUGUCAAAUGAUGGUAAUCGUGUGUUGGAGGAGUGGCUGUUGUCUGUUGUCAUGAUAUAUGCAAAGUACAAUAUGAGUGCAAUCUCAGUAGCUCAUAUAUCUCAUGGUCUUCUGAAACCUACAUGUAAAUAUACGAUAUCGAUCCGUGACGGGGUUUCAAUGUUU